CUGCGGGAGCGUUGGGGGAGCGAAUCGUCUUUUGUCACAUGAGUCAGAUUUAGACUUAGCGGCCUGCCUCUAAGGCUCUUGUAGUAAGGAAUACGACAAGAUUAAUAAAUGAUUCAUUGAUUUCUAGGCACCUCUAUUAAUAUCCAAAAUGCUUAGGUGACCAUUAAACUAAUUUAAUUAUGGAUGCCUAAUUGAUAUUUUAAGCUAAUUGUCUAUAUUCGACCUAAGAUCCACAUUUCCUCUUAACUUUUGAUCCAUAAACUAUUUUAAAUCACAUUAUUCUAAAUUUUUAUUCAUUUCAUCUGUUUUUUCCCAUUUGUGAUUGUACCACGGCCUACAUCAUAUAUGGUUAACACUAAGAAAUGGUUUAUGGCAAAAAAAUUAAAAAUUGAUUUGUGGCAAAAAAUAAUAAUAAUUGUAUUUUUUUUCUAAUAUAUUUUACUGUAAAACAGAAAGAGUGAAGAAAGAGCGAAAUGGAUAAAAGUCAUAGAACUUUGUUUUCUAUGCCCUUCUUUACCAUGUCACAGAUAUUAACCUUGGGCUGCUGAGUCAUCCCUGCAAAAUGUCAUGGUGGGGCCACUCUCAGGUCUGUGAGGUGCCACGUUAACCAUGACACCGAGAAUUUUUUUGCCUUCGUAAAUUAAAAUGGAAAAAAAGAUAAAGAAAUAGGAGGUGGAGAGUGCGUGGACAAUGGCUUAUGUGAGCUUUCUUCGAUGCUAUAAAGAAGACUAAGUUUCCACCUUUGGCUUUGGUUCCUCUCUCUCUCUCUCUCUUUCUCUCUCUCUCUCUCGCCAUUGUUGCCGCGUUGAGGCGCAGAGCUCGGGGAGCUUAUCUGCAACCGGCGACUUUACUUCCGGCGCCUCCUCUUCCGCUAUUAGGAGGCGCACAUCAAAGAUGUCGCCUUUGGCCGUUUCGCUGGUCGCCUUUUUGGUCUUCGGCUCUCUGGUUUCCACCUCAGAAGCUUAUGAUCCCCUAGAUCCGAAUGGGAAUAUAACGAUUAAAUGGGAUAUCAUACAGUGGACACCAGAUGGCUAUGUUGCUGUCGUAACAAUGUACAAUUACCACCAAUAUCGUCACAUCCAAGCACCUGGCUGGAUCCUUGGAUGGACAUGGGCGAAAAAGGAGAUAAUUUGGUCUAUGGUAGGAGCUCAAGCAACCGAGCAGGGUGAUUGCUCUAAAUUUAAAGGAAACAUUCCACAUUGCUGCAAGAAGACUCCAACAGUCGUCGAUCUGCUUCCUGGUACUCCAUACAACCUGCAAAUUGCUAACUGCUGCAAGGGAGGUGUUAUUAGUUCAUGGGUUCAGGAUCCAGCCAAUGCUGCGAGUUCAUUCCAGAUCAGUACUGGUCUAGCAGGCACAUCUACAAAGACUGUCCUUGCACCAAAAAACUUCACCCUGAGAGCUCCAGGCCCAGGAUAUACAUGUGGAGCAGCAAAGAAUGUGCCAUCGAGCACAUUUAUAACACCAGAUGGAAGAAGAAAAACUCAUGCCAUCAAGACAUGGAACAUUAGUUGUACAUACUCCCAGUUUCUUGCUCAGAAGACACCAGCAUGCUGUGUAUCACUUUCAUCUUUUUAUAACGAUACAAUUGUUAACUGCCCGACAUGCUCCUGCGGUUGCCAAAAUAACCUGACCCAGCCUGGUAGCUGCGUGGAACCAGACUCACCUUAUUUAGCUUCUGCAGUGGAUGAUCCCAGCAGAAGUAGCUAUGCACCAUUAGUCCAGUGUACAUCACAUAUGUGCCCAAUAAGAGUGCAUUGGCACGUGAAACUUAACUACAAAGACUAUUGGCGUGUUAAGAUCGCAAUAACGAAUUUCAAUUACCACAUGAACUACACACAGUGGAACCUUGUUAUACAGCAUCCAAACUUCAACAACCUUACUCAGCUUUUCAGUUUCAAUUACAAGUCCAUUUCACCAUAUGGAGGCAUAAAUGACACUGCAAUGCUCUGGGGUAUGAAGUACUACAAUGACUUACUUAUGGAAGCAGGACCCUAUGGAAAUGUACAGUCAGAGAUUCUAUUCCAAAAGGAUCCAAGCUUCACUUUCGGGAAAGGAUGGGCCUUUCCUAGGCGUAUAUACUUCAACGGCGACAACUGCGUCAUGCCUCCUCCGGAUGCAUACCCAUGGCUGCCAAAUAGUAGCCCAAGGUCACGAUUCCCCUCAGCUGUUCCCGUUCUACUUCUUUGGGCAGCUUUGACAUUUUUGUCGAUUCAUGUCUAAGGGAUCCUUGGGGUGUUUGUGAAUUUUCAAGCUGUUCAUACUUUCGAUAUAAAACUAAUCAAAACUACGAACCACUCGGUAUCA